AUGCGGACGCUACUACUUCUGGCUAUAAUUUCAUUGAGCAGUGCCUACGUCAGUCCGCACUGGUAUACGCAAUGCUUCAGGAGGAACCUCCGUGUCGGCGACCUGAUCAGGGUCAAGGGGUCGAUCAUUUCCGGAGCAACCCGUUGGACGUGCAACAUCGCGAUGAGUGAGAUGAACAACAUCAUUCUUCAUGCUGAUCACAGAAUUCGUCCAACGCGCGUCGAGGGGGCUCGCGGGACCUACGUGAAUAUUCGACCUGGGAUGGGUGGUUGGGUACACAAGAAUUAUCACGCAGCCAUCCCGUUUUCCGGUGGACCGUUCGAGAUGAGCUUUCGAAUAAUCGCUGAAAAUACGGUAGAGGUCGUGUACAAUAGCACGACGUUUGCCGGGACAACUUACAAUCGUGGAAAGCACAUUCCGCUCUCUGUCGUCCGGCAGAUUGAUUGUAACGGCGAUCUCAUGGAUGUCACUUUCCACGGGGAUAUGAUGAGGGAUAAGGUAUUGCCGGUGAAGAGUCGCAGUGACUGUAUGAUGUUUCCACCAUCACCUCCUCCCCGCUCCCGCUCGAGGGAACACCCCCAUCACAGCCACAGCCAUGACUGGAGCCACAGCCAUAGUCACAGCGACAGCGGGAGUCACGACAGAGGUUUCGAUGACUUCAACAUCGAACUUCCGCGGUUUGGACGAGAC